GCAGGCCCAUUUUGAAGGAAGUUGAGUUGAGAAACAAAAGGCGGUGUUUUCUUCUCUCGUUUGGGUCAAAACCAAGCAAAGCUUUUCUUCUCAUUCUCUCCCAAAAUAUAGCGAUUCAUUCCACAGUUUAAGCACGACUCGAAAUCAAUGGCUCUCAGUUCAAUGAUCAUUCUCAUUUAGAAGCGCAACCCAUUCUCAACUCUGUAUUUUCUCUUCUGCCAGAGAUAGAUAGAGAGGAUUUUGGAGACGGUUCAAGAAUUGUUAGGUCUUUUAAAGGUUUUUCCGUCAAGUUUCUGGAUUUUAGCUGAGGAAUCGAAUGGCCGCUGCUGCGGCGUGUAAGCGGUUGGUGCCGUUAGGAAUCAAUUCAGGGUUUGGAUUAUCUGGAUUUCGAGCUUUUGGUGCUUCGGAAGCUUUAUCUCCAGCUUUGCGUUCUAGGUAUUUGGAUUGUAGAUUGGCGUCUGAGCUCGUGAAAUCUAAUGGCAAACGUUUGUUUCUAGUUGAUACGUUAGCUUUGGUUAGGAAAUUAGAGGGACAGGGCGUGCCCUCGCAGCAAGCUGAGGCUAUAACCGCUGCCAUUACAGAAGUGUUGAACGAUAGCUUAGAAAAUGUGUCUCACUCAUUUGUUUCGAAGGGGGAAAUGCAGAAAAUUGAAAUGAUUCAAGAUUCCAAUUUGUCCAAGUUUAAAUCUGAAGUUCAAAGCUCACAGGGCCACCAUUUUUCAUUACUACAACACGAGACUGAGAAAUUGCGGAAUGAUAUUGAAAAGAUGCGCAGUGAACUGAGGUAUGAAAUUGAUAAAGUUACUGCAGGGCAGAGGCUCGAUUUGAAUCUGGAAAGGGGGAGGAUAAGGGAAGAGCUUGCGGAUCAGAAUGCUGAAACCACUAACCUUACUAACAAACUUGACCGGGUAGGGAUUGGGAGAGAUCCAUGGUUUAAGGGCCCAGUUGGAAGCAGCCAAAUAUGAUGUCAUAAAAUACUGCAUAGGUACUCUUGUUUCUAUUUCUGCUGUUGGUCUUGCUGUACUCCGCAUUCUGAUGUAAACAUUUUGUAUAAUUGGACGGUGAUAAGAAUUGUAUGCUUAGCAAUCAUGAAAAACUACAAAAGAAAAUUAAACUUGUGUUAGUUGAAGCCCAAAGAAGCAUUUCAUAAUACAUAGAACUGUUUUCCCUUCUCUGGGGAUUCAAAGUCAAAUUGGUGUAUCUGUUUCUUUAUUGCCUUUUUCUUCACUCAAUUUUUUAUUUUUGGUUCUUCUGCUUUGAUUUUAUGUAUUUAUUUGGGAUAAUUGAAUUGGACUAUUCCGACUUAUCAAUGAUAUACAGCAAGUUCAGUGGCA